GGUCGGUCCCGCGCGGGCGGACAGGCCACCAGGCGCUGCGGCCGGGCGGGCCGGGCCGCGAUCAAUGCGGCUUUGUGGGGGACGCCCACACCCCAGAGGCCGCGCCCGGGCCGGCAAAUCGGAGCGCGGCGGCGCGGGCGUGAGACACGCGGCCAUGUGACCCUACCUGGGCGGGCGGGGGAGGGGCGCGCAGGUGAGGCGCGGCCGGCGGGGCGCCCAGCGACGCACGCGGCGGCCGCGGGCUCGGGCAGGCAGCAUGUCUGUCAGCAGGAAGGACUGGUCCGCGCUGUCCAGCCUGGCCCGGCAGUGGACCCUGGAGGAUGAGGAGGAGCAGGAGCGCGAGCGCAGGCGGCGGCACCGCAGCCUGAGUUCCACCACGGACGACGAGGCCCCCCGGCUCAGCCAGAACGGACACCGGCCGGCCGCCGCCAGACUGCCAAGCGUGGAGGAAGCGGAGGUGCCCAAGGCCCCGUCCCCGGCCCCUAGAGAUGAGGACGAGGACGUCCAGGCCAUCCUCAGGACGCGGCAGGAGCGGAGGCAGAGGCGCCAGGUGCUGGAGGCCACGCAGGCCCCCGCCCGCGAGAGGCUGGAGGCGGAGGACGGGCAGGCGACGCGGCAACCCCCGGCGCCCAAGAAAGAGCUGGAGCCCCCACCCCGCCGGAGGCUGAGCCGGGAGCAGCGGGGGCCCUGGGCCCUGGAGGAGGAGGGCGCAGGGAGCAGCGAGCCAACAGGCAAGAAGAAGGGGGCUCCAGAGAAGACCCCGGUCCCGGAGAAACCGUCUACACCGGAGAAGACAGCGCCCGAAAAGAGACUCGUCGCAGAGAAAACCUCCAUCUCCCAGACGGCGCCGGCCCCGGGGAAGACGUCCCCACCCCAGAAGACAGCGGGGCCAGAGGGAAGAGACGGCCCGGACAGGAAGCUGCUUCCAGAAAGAGCAGGCGUCUCCGAGAACACUCCGGCAUGGGUGUUGGAGAAGACAGGGGUGACGGAGAAGAGGUCCGCCUGGGAGAAGAAGUCAGCCGCAGAGAAGACAGGUGUCUGGGAGAGGCCGUCGCCCCCGGGGAAGGCGGCGGGCUCAGAAAGGAGGCUGGUGUCUGAGAAGGCGUCCAUCUUCGAGAAGUCACCGGCGUCGGAGAGGAGCCCGGCCGCAGACACCAAGCCGGCCCCAAAGAGGGCAGCGGCCGCGGAGCAGCCCCAGGCCCAGGAGCGGCCGGCCUCGGGGGGAGGCCCCGCCACCACGGAGGAGCAGAGGGAAGGGACCCCCGCUGGGAAGAGCCCGCCUGCCUUGGCAGAGCAGGGUGCGUCUCCGACCGUGGCUUCCCGCCUCCCACCGAUCACACUCCAGGUGAAGAUCCCCAGCAAGGAGGAAGACGCAGACACGCCCUCCCCCACCCAGCGCACCUACAGCAGCUCCCUCAAACGCUCCAGCUCCAGGACCAUCUCUUUUCGGAUGAGCUCCAAGAAAGACAGCCCAGAAACACCUUUGACCCGAAGCGCCAGCGUGAGGCUCCCGGCCAGCGCGGUGAAGCUGGGGGAGAAGCUGGAGCGAUACCACUCGGCCAUCCAGAGGUCGGAGUCCGUCAAGUGCCCGGGCCCCUCGCGCACUGAGUUCUUCGUGGCGCCCGUGGGCGUGGCCAGCAAGCGCCACCUGUUCGAGAAGGAGCUGGCAGGGCAGAGCCGAGCGGAGCCGGUCUCCAGCCGCAAGGAGAACUUGAAGCUCUCAGGGGUUGUGACAUCCAGGCUCAACCUGUGGAUCAGCAGGACCCAGGAGUCUGGGGAUCAGGACCCCCAGGAGGCACGGAGAGAGCCGGCAGCCACCAACAGGACUCCAUUGGGGAGGAAACCAGACUCGCCGCUGGAAGCCGAGGUGUGACAAGCCCCGCCGAGAGAGACCUGCACAUCUGCAUCUCGGGGCCUUCCCGGCCCUGCCUGCUGCAGCACCACCCUGCCUCUCCUCGCCCCUGCUCCCCUCCUGCCCCUGGACCUGCCUGGCUGGGGCCCCUGGGGCAGGAAUGUCCGUGAGACUCAGCCAGCUCCUUCCAGGCCCUGCCUCUAGGGACAGUGGUACCCUGGCACCCUGUCAGGGACAGUGGUACCCUGGCACCCUGUCCUGCUGCGGACGCUGGGACCAAGACCAGCCGGGGCCCAGCACUGGUGUGUGUCACCACGGUGGGGCCUCAGUGUCCUGUCCAGAGACGUCUCUCCUCCCUGCUCACUUCCAGGGUCAGGGCAGGGCAGCGGAAGAACUCCAGGGUCACCUGUCUCAUCUGCUGCCAGCAGGUGCCUGUGACGUCUCCCUCACUGAGCCCUUGGUCCCUGGGGCCCGCUCCCGGACCCUGAAGUGCUCUCGGGCUAGACUGCGAAGGUGCUGCCCUGCGCCUUGCGUGUGCCUCUGCCCGCCUUGCCCCCCGUCCCCGCCCUGGCCUGCUGCCCCGGCCAGGAGCUAAGUGCCUAUUUUGUGCAACCACGUACCUUUUCUGUGGAAAACCUGUUCUCAGGAAGGAUCUGAUCAACUCAUUCACUCUCAGGUGUAAGCGACUAAGGAUACUUAAAAAAUGAAACCCUUUCUGGAG